AUGGACAAUUUGUGGAAGAAGGAAUCAACUGAAGCUGGAGCUCGGUAUGUUGAUCUAAUUCCUUUUAUGCACGGCAUGGAACACAUUGGUGAAGGAAUUAUCGAAAAAUUUGGAAAGAAGACCAUACCGAUACAAAAGGAUAAUGAAUUUUCAACCACAUUACGUCGGCGCGGAAACGAAUUUUUCAAAGCGGAAAAUUGGUCCAAGGCAAUGGAUUCGUACAACGAAAGUUUAUGUUUUGCGGAAAUCGGGUCAGAGAACGUGGCGUUGGCUUACUUCAAUCGGUCGGCUUGUUUUUUUCGUAUGCGGAUGUAUGACGAAGCAUUGGCAGAUAUUGAGCUGGCCAAAAGUGCAAAUCUACCCGAUCGCUGGCUACCGACGCUUGAAGAACGUCAACAGGAAUGCCAUAAGUUGAUGCAAACCGCUCAAAAAUCGAAAAUGACACGUAACUUCAAACUGAGCUACGAAGCAAACCAAAAUUUCCCGUGCAUGGCUGAUGUAUUGGAGAUCAAAUAUAACCAAGAAUUCGGUCGACAUUUAGUUGCCAAAUCGGACAUCCCAGUUGGAAAAAUCGUUUUGAUGGAAAAAGAGUUCAUCGCAGCAAAAGACAAUGAACGAAUCUCGUGUUGUACGUGCUUUCAAAAGAACAAAAAUUUCAUCGCUUGUAAACAAUGCCCGGGUGUUGCGUUCUGUGAUGUCGAUUGCAUCGAGAAAAACUUAUGUCACAAAUGGGAAUGUGGUUCAGCUAUGACACAAUUUGAUUUUUACCAAAAGUUCCACGUUCGAGCGGUUUUGUUGGCCAUCGAAAGUUUCCAAAGUGUUGAAGGCCUCAUGGAAUUCGUUGACAGUGCAUUGCGUGAAGAUCGCGGAAUGAUUCCGAUAUCAAUAGAUGACUUGAAGUCCAACUAUCACUUCUUCUUCAAACUGAAGAAAUUUCCGCAUACGAAUGGAGACAUUCUCUCCGUCUACAAAUAUUUUACGUGCAUUAAAAUGUGCCCCAAAAUCAAUGCUCUUUUUGAUGGCGAAGAAAAGACUCGAUUUUUAUUGCAUUUGAUGACUCAUCAUUUUCUCAUCAUAAAGACCAAUGCAAUCGAAGAAGAUCAGUCCAAGUCAUUGGAUAACAUUUUUGCCAUGAUAAACCACUCUUGUUCGCCAAAUCUUCAUAACUAUUCUAUUGGGGACAAAUGUUUUUGUGAAACAAUUCGAUUUGUAAAAAAAGGCGAACAGCUCUGCAUCAACUAUUUGGGUCUUGCCGAUGCAGUAGGAACAGAAGAGAGGCAAAUGCAAUUGAAAUCGUAUUGGAAUUUUGAUUGCAAAUGUGAGAAAUGCCAAGCAAUCAAUAAUGGUAACACCCAUCUGGCUCGUGAUCCAUGUUUCCAAUUUGCACUGAAGAAUAUGCCCCGUAAACGAAAAUAUUCAGCAGUUUUGGAACAAUGCCGGAAAUUUCUGAACGAGCACGGACAUUUGCCAUGGUCAAAGGAAAUCGGAUUUAUGUCAUCAUGUUUUACACUUACGUUCCAAGAACUUUAUAUAACACCCUUGAAAUAA